CUGCAAAUAUGGGAUACUGCUGGACAGGAACGUUUUCGAUCUAUAACGCAGAGCUACUACCGCAGUGCACAUGCUAUUGUCUUAGUAUACGAUGUCGCAUGUCAACCAUCGUUUGAUUGCUUACCAGAGUGGUUAGCAGAGAUUGAAUCAUAUGCUAAUAGAAAAGUUUUGAAAAUCUUAGUAGGUAACAAAGUAGACAAGGGAGAUGAACGCGAGGUUCCGGAACGAAUCGGUCAAGAUUUUUCCGAAGUUAAUGGUUUCGAUUACUUCUUGGAGACUUCAGCGCUAGAUGCAACAAAUGUGGAUAAUCUGUUUGAACACGUUGCGCGACGGUUGACUGAUGAUAUGAAAGCCACUGAUCAAAGGUAUUUAUAUCUCCAUAUAACUUUGUUCCCUUUAUCUUUUAGACUUUUUUUGCGCUUUUUGAGCGAAUCCCUUCAGAGAUUUUUGACAUACAACAUGUGGAGAUUUUGA